CUCUGCCUUGCCUCCUCCUCCUCUGGGCGCCUCGAGCACCAGAACUCCCCCGAGCACCACUGCAGACUCUGCCUUCCUGCCAUCGAGCUCCCGAGCAAGUGGCUGUGUGAGCAGUGUGGAGCCCCGGCAGCUCAGCUCUAUCUCCAUCACAGUGCCUGACCAAACAAUUCUUCUAUUCGUGGAGAGAGAGAGAAGAGAGAAGAGAGAGAUAUAUAGAGAGAGAGAGAAUUUGCAUUUGCAUGAUAGAUCGGGUUGGGAAGGUGGGUGUCGAAACAGCAACUGGAUCUGCAUACUGCGCAUUCUGUUUUACGAGGAUGCACAUGCUUGAAUACCGCGCGCGUUAUCGUGUCGGGUUGAGGAGGUGCUGCGGGGUGGCACUAUUGUCGUCGUUGGCUUAGACGGGGGCGGCGCAGGAGGGGUAAGGGGUUCGCUCUUUCGAGAGUUGCGCUCACGACGCGAGUGGAUCUUGCUCGCAGAAGAAGAGAAGCGUGAGCUGCUGCAGCAGCGAUUGCUGCGUAUUGCUGCACCCUGGAGAGGUUCUGUGGCUGAGCAGUGAGCGUCGGGAAAGCGUGGGGAGUCGAGGCAUUCCGCAGGUGUUUGCACAUUGGGGGUACGAGGUCUCGCCGGUUGUGCAUUGUGGGAGAUAAUUAACAAUGUCGAAGACGAAUAUGAAUAAUAGUGUCAGUGUGGGUAUAGCGGUGCAGGCGGAUUGGGACAACCGGCACUUCUCCAACUCCUUGUCUCUCAAUGUCCGCCGUCUCUUUGAGUUUCUGCUUCAGUUCGAGACUGCAACCAAGAGUAAACUCGCGACUCUAAAUGAAAAGUUGACUGUUCUUGAGCGUCAGCUUGAGUAUUUGGAGGCUCAGUUUAGUACUGCGAAUUCGGGCCAGUACUAACCCCCCACCCAUUGAGCGAUGGGCUGGGGGAUAAUGUUUCUCACAACUUGCUUCACAAAGGGAGGCUUCAAUCUCUGGAGAGCAGUUUCGAAAUGUACAAAUUGCUGGGGCUUAUGUACAAGUUACGUUUCUGGGUUUCCUUCAAGAUUGUUUCGUACAUCGCAGCUAACAUCACCGCUUCUGUGCUGAGUACGACAUUGCGGCUUCGUGUGUAGUGCGUGGGCAAAAUCUGCAUUCAGCGUACUUAUACUCAAGUUGCUGAAAUUCUAACCCUCCGCACGCAGACAGCGAGAAUAGGAAAUUCACAAGCUGCUUGCGCAGAAGUUUUAAAGAGAGCUGUCUGCGGGCUGACAAUACAGGAGGUUUACUGAGGCAGAUGAGUGGAUGUUUAGCUACUUUCAACCUUCGUACUCAUUACUCCUCUUCGUAGGGCAGAGAAAAGCGGUUGCAUGUUUCUAUUGUAGUAGCACUUUGUACAAUUCAAAGAGAUGGAACGUAACCAGAGUUUAAGGCUCCCUGUAUGAUAGUCAGGAAAACUCGUAUGAACCAUGAAGUGAGCAAUUUCGUCAUGAACUUCAUUCCUUUGAGGUGAACAUUAUUGUUAUGAACUUCAGCAGCAUUGUGCUGUUCGGAUCAAAGCUCACGGAUGUAAUUCGAGCACUGUUGUGCCACGUUUUUCUCAAUAAAUGCAGUUCAUUUUUAGGU